AUCAUAGAUUCAUAAUACUGAAAUAUUAAACCGGCGUAAAUGGUACGUACUUCGGGAAAUAACGAAUUCGAUUUUAACCGGAAACUGAACCGGAAGCUGAGUCUCGUGCCUGCCUUCUCUAGGCUUCUUUGUUUCCGAUCAGAAUCUCGAGCUCAACUGUCAAAACUAGCCGACCACUAAGUCGUUGUCCUAACUUUCUCUCUGUUCCUCAUCGAACAUUAUUGGGAGGAGAGAGAGAGAGAGAGAAGACCAAGAAACAACGAGGAUAGAUCCGAGGAAAUUGUCGGAACCAAAAGGAGGAAGAUGGGAGAUAUCUGGACAUGGCUUAUUUCCUUCUUCUUCCUCAUCGCUCUUGUCGGAAUCAUCGUCUAUCAGCUUGUUUGCUUAGCGGAUCUCGAGUUUGAUUACAUCAACCCUUACGACUCUGCGUCGAGAAUAAACUCAGUGGUUUUACCGGAGUUCAUUGUUCAAGGAGUUCUAUGCGUAUUCUACCUCCUAACAGGACACUGGUUCAUGACACUCUUAUGUCUCCCCUAUCUAUACUACAACUUCCAUCUUUACUCGAAGCGACAACACUUAGUAGAUGUCACCGAGAUCUUCAAUUUGCUUAACUGGGAAAAGAAGAAACGGCUGUUCAAGCUUGCUUACAUUGUCCUUAACCUCUUUCUCACUAUCUUCUGGAUGAUUUAUUCGGCGCUGGAUGAUUACGAGGACUGACUAAUGAAGAAGACAUGGUCCAUCUUCUUCGGUUUAUUGACACUACGCUUAAAGAUACAGCGACAUGCUUGUGGACAUGAAAAAAAGCAAGGAAAAGUGUUUGCUUUGUGAUGUUUGUAAGAUUAGUGGCAGGAAGAUUUGUGUAUUUAUUUCUUUCUUAGAAACAUGUUCAGAUUAACUGUUUUUUUUAUGUCUUGAUCAUUAUUUGUACAAGCAAUCAAGCUCGUAAACUACUGGUUACAGUAACAAUGAAACUGAAUAAUUUCAAAUAUAAGAAGAAAAAAAGUUAAUUCAUGUGAACUUUGACUUUUAAAAGUGAGAA